CCAAACUCUUCCUUUCCUUCCUUCUCACUUCCGUUCCUUCUCUCGGAGCUUUCCAUAUCUUCCCGCAGAAGAAGGAGAAGAAGCAGCAAAACGCCAUCCCACUGUCUGUCAGUCAGUCAUUCUCUCGCGCUAAUGGCUCGCGUCGGCCUCACGACAAGACCUUUGGCUUCUUCCUCUUCCACGCCUAAUUCCCCUCCUCCUCCUUCCUCUUCUUCUUCUUCUCCUCCUCCUCCUCCUCCUCCCACCAAGCGAAGGAAAUUCAACCACCGGCGCGACGCCGGAGCCAGAAAAGAAGAAGAACAACAACAACAACAAGAAUUUUCUAGGUUGAAAAUGUCCGACCUCGGCGGCGGAGGAGGAGACGACUCCACAACUAGCACUGCAGCUGCUGAUUUAAAUCCUCCCGCUCGCCGGAGUGGAGAGAUCGAAAGGUGUUCCCCAAGCCCUAACGCGGCGGCGCCGGAUGCAGACGAAAAGGAGGAGGAAUUCAAUAGGCUCGGCUCCGACGCUUCCUGCUGCUCCAGUAAUGGAUCGAGCGAGGGAGCGUUUGAAUUCUCAGAUCUGCAGGAGGAAAUGGAAUCCGAAUCGCUCAUGAAUAGCAGCGGCUGCAGAGAAAGGAGAGAGACGACGAGUAGUCGGUCGACGGUGAUAGUCAGAACGACGACGACAGGUGAAGAGCUCAAGUCAAUGGAGAGACCUGAGCUGCGGAAUUCCACGGCGGAGGGGGGAGAGGAAGAAUCGUCCGCGGCGGCUGUGCGGAACUCGACGACGGACCGGCAGAGGAUGGCGGUGACGGAAGCGGAGCUGGAAUUGUUCUUCAGCAGUAUGAGCGGCGGGAACCAGGAACUGAAUCGAUUGAAUGAGAAGUACAACUUCGACUUUGCCAACGAGAAGCCGUUGGAAGGACGUUACGAGUGGAUUCCAUUAAAGCCAUGAGAGAGGAGGAGGAAGAAGAAGAAGAAGAAGAAGAAGAAGGAAUUCUUCUGUGGUUUGCUGAUCUCAGCCUUACUCAGCAGCGGCCUCGUAAUUGUUAACUAUUCAUUUCACCAUUGUUCCCAAAAUUAGGUAUCUCUUCCCUUUCUCUCUCUGGAUGGCCGAUCUCUCUUUGUAGCUGCCGCCUUCUUUGAUUAGCUCCAUUUAUUAUUACUAUUAGAUUUUCUUUUUUGUUAUUUUUUUUUUAUCUCCGCCCAUAAGAUUUUUAUCUUUCUGCAAAAUUUACUGCUCUAACUUGUACAGAAGUAGAGUAGUAAUAUUAUACGCAUCUUAAAUUCAGAAGCACGAUCGAAAAUUGGGCUAAGCUGCCUGCCUGCUUGCUGCUCGUCCUUUGAGCACUUACCUUUGUGGGUUUUUGUUGCGUAGUGUACGGCUUUUUACGAGUAGCAAGGAAGGAAGCUUUUUUAUUUUCCAUUUAUAUUAUUUUGGGCUAUUGGCCCUUUGCUCUCUUUUGGCUGGUUAAACUUCAAAGGCUCUGUUUGCGCAGAAAGAAAUGGGAUAUCCACUUGGGAAUAGCAAACGUUUGAUGUUUUUUCUACUUGGCCUCAUCGACGGUUCGACUUCUAAUUGGACGGUUGUGGUGCAUGGUGGUAGUGGGAAAGUGGGGGUGGUUAAUUGGCGGAUUAACAUCAAUUCACCCGUAAAUAAUUCGAAUGGUAGCGAGUGAUUGAUUUAUGUGAGUUGAUUAUGGAUCGAUAAAUCUUAUGCCCGCACUUUUUCGAGUGAGUAAUGAAUGGGUUGUGGUCGAUAGAAUAACUCAGCAUUCCUUUUUAACAUGGCUAAAAGUAGUUUUUUUAUGCAAUCGAAUGGUCAUGAUAUUUUCUAACCAAAUAUCCUUGGACUUAAUAGGUUACCAUGUUGUCUAAUAUUUAUUAUAUAUUGAGAACCCUUACCUUCUGAAAAUAAAGAAUAU